AUGCUUUUGCUGACCAGUUCAGUAACAAUUCACAGACAUUUCCUGUUUUGUCCCUUUCACUCUUUCCUUUGUCGUGAAAGCUUCCAAGUGGGCAUCUUCUAGUUCCUCAAUAUUGUGUGCAAUUUGGGGCACAUCCCUUUUUCUCUCCUUCAACCUACACAUCACAAUAAUAUCCCCCACAGAAUAAGAAGGCAAUAUAGGAGAAGAGGCAUUUUUAUAAUGAGUUUUGACAAUAAUCGUGAGGCUAAUUAGCUGGAAGGAACUAACUCUAAUCAACACUUCUUAACAAAAAAAAUGUUCACUAUUACUUCCAUUCCUCACUUUUUGUCUUCUCAAGAUAUUUUUCGUCAUGCCCAUAGCACCAUUUCCAUCUUUCCAACAUACCUUUGGGGGUGAUUUCAGGUGGGGUUUGACAAAUUCUAUUGAUGUUGAGACAACCUUUUCCCCCUAAUUCAUUCUUCUAUAUUAUGACCUUCUCACUAGUUUUUAAUUUUGGGAAGGAGGGCAGCUUUUUCCUCACAGCUCCUUUACUCUUUUUUCCCCUAUUUUGUAUUUUUUUUCUUCCUCUUUUGAACCUAUCACACAUCCUUUUUCCCUUUCUUUUUUUUGUUUUUUGGAGUUUAGUUUUUGAUCAAUUGGAGUGUCAAGGAGAUUGGUUCGCCUUUCAUCUCUAGAUCCAACUAGCCUGACUUGGUCUCCCCUUAGGUUGUGAUAGUUGUGUAACUAGUGCUCUGGGAAACAUGCUUUUAUCUUUUGUUGAUUCUCCAUGUUGUUGUUUUUUAUUUUUUUUAUUUUGCAUGUGUAUUCAUGUUGCAAUAUUCUUAUGUAAUAUAUAGUGAUUGAGUCAUGAGACCAUUGACAUAGGUUAUGAUUUUAAGGACAUAACUCUUUUUCAUUGGUGUACUUUUUCCUUGUUCUUCUAAUGUACUACAUGCCCCAUCAUUCUAAAUAAUGUCUACCCUGUCUGUUCUGCAGUAGAUCCCACACACAAGUGAAAACUUGCUCUUUGUCCUAUAUGACUCCCAUGUUAACCAAGAAAUCUGUUAAUUGAUUACCAUUACGAUAAACAUGCAUUAUCUGCUCAAUUUUGGUGUUGUGUUUUAAUUUCAUUCCAUGUUAUGAUUUGUUACGUGUCUUUGUGUUAUGCUUAAUUUCUCAAUUUUGGUGUUAUGCUCAACUUUAGUUUUCAGUGGUUAUGUGCCUUCCUUUAUCAGAUGUACAAGUGCCAUUGA